AUGGCUCAUUAUAUGGAAUAUUACGAGAUGCAGAGCGGGGGCGGUGUUCCGAGAGUUUUCACGGGAUCGACGUAUCAGCGUGGUCACGGUAUCGGACGCUUUUUCGGCGGAUUGUUCAGGAAGGUGCUUCCCUACCUAGCUGGCAGAGCGCACGCGAUCGGAAAAGAAGCUCUACGCGCCGGUCUUGUGUCGCCUCCGAACAAUGCUUACGCGUAUCGAGAUUAUUUCGAGACAUUGUUGAAUUAUUCUUCAGAGGCAAAACCCUUUCAUCUCACCACCUGUUUAUGGGAUAGCGAUCCUUCGGGGCUGAUGGAUAAUGGCUUCGAUGCUCCAACUGAGAAACCCGCUCUCGUGAGACGUAUGCAGUAUUUCCAAAAUAACCGGGCUGUGGAUCUCAUAGGAUAUCUACAUUGCGACGUUUUCAAUCAGGAUAAAUUCUUGAUUAAUGACGUGGAAAUGCGCUUAAGACUCAUCCGCUCGAAGGAUUCUUUCUGUCUCAUGGAAUCUACGCCGCAGACAAGAGUUUGUAUUGUAGAUGCCACCUUGAUCAUGAGGAAAGCAAAAUUAAGCGCUGGAGUUUUAUUAGCUCACGCUAAAAUGCUGAGCAAAACCACUGCAAAGUAUCCUCUCACGAGAGUUGAAGUUAAAUUGUUUACGAUCCAUAGAGGAGUGGUGGGAGAAUCAAUUGACAACGCCAUACUCGGGCAAUUGCCGAAGCGAGUGAUAAUCGGUUUUGUCGAAAAUAAAGCGUUUAACGGCGAUAGAACGGGUAUUCAUUUUCUAAACGAAGGCAAUGCUAUAAGCAGAGAUGCUUAUGCAUACGGAUACACACUCUUUGCUUUUGAUCUCACACCCGAUUUAUCGGCCAAUUGCGUCGAACAUUGGAAUCUCGUGAAGCACGGUAGUUUGCGAAUUGAAGCACGGUUCGAAAAAGCUCUCGAAACGACUAUUAACUGUCUUGUUUAUGCGGAAUUCGACAGUGUUUUGGAAAUCGAUUCUUCGCGCCAAAUCAUUGUUGAUUAUAACGGAUAA